UGCUGAUAGUCUGGGGAAGGGACAGUCUGUUCCAAGCCUGGGCUGCUUGCUUCAGACGUUUGAGCUAGGAUUUGGGCCUGCGGGUUUGAGGUUCUCUGGACCUGCUUGCCCGUAUUCUUCGAAUUGUGCUACUGCGGCGUAAAUAAGCAAUAAUGCGAUCACACAGCUCGUGCAGAGCUGAUCUGAAAUGACUAUGGAAAUAACUGUCUUCAACCUCGAUUUUAGGGCAAGAAUUCAAUGUGAAUAGCAGAUGCCUUUCAUUCUGAAUGUUUUCAUUUUCUUCCCUUUGAUACUGUAGAAAGCGCUUUGGAAACUGAGGCACUAUGUACACUCCUGAAAGAUAAGGUUACUGUGGUUGUAACAGGAAAUACUGCUCUUAAGUUUCUUGCCUGCUUGGGAACCAGGUUAAGGAAUGAGGGCAAGGGUCUUUGGCUUCUUUCCCGCCCUCAUCCUCCACAAAUUUGAUUUACAUUCAAACUGUUCACUUGGAAUUAGUGGAAGUUUGCAGGCCCUUAGGAGAGGUUUUGUAAGGAAGGAUUCUGCCCUUCAGUCUCCUUAUGGCUCAGGAGAAAUUAACAGUCUGGGUUGCUUAUCCGUGAUUAAAGAAAUUCGACUACGGACUAAUUUCUGAAGUUCUUUUCAGUUCCUGAACUUUGUCAUCAAGCCUAUUAAUUGACAAACUAUUGGGUAGUCCUUCCUUUUGUUCCUUAAAGAGUUCUUGUGUGUUUUCAAAAACACACAAGAUCCAGCUCUAUUGUUUGCUUAAAUGCGUUCUCUUAAUUUAUUUUUUAUUUUAAACCAAUAUUUGAAUUCAAUUCCUCUAAAGGGACAGAAGUGUGAAAGGUGAAUACGGAGUAAUUGCUGCCUUUUGUUAAAACUGAUUUGGUCAGGCAAUUGUUUUCCUGAGCAAAUGUCUUAUGUUUAAUACUUUAUGACAUGUUGGGGCGCCUGGCUGGCUCAGUGGUUAGAUCUUGUGACUCUUGAUCUUGGGGGGUGGUGAGUUUCAGUCCCACUGUGGGUGUAGAGAUUACUUUUAAAAAAAUAAUUAAAAAAUACUUUAUGACAUGUUAAAAAUUAAAAUAUAGCUAAGUAUCAUUGAUCAGACUUGUACAUGCAGGCAUAGUCUGAGCUCUUAAUUUGUUUUCGUUUAAUCUUGAUAAAAUCGUGUAAGGUGGAAAUAUUUAUCUCUGUUUCAGCCAUGAGAAAACUAAAAGCAUCAGGUGGUUAUAUAGGUCAGAGGUCACACAGCUGACCUUUGUGAUUUCAUGCUCUUAACCACUAUUAUAUGGUGCUGUAACGGUUUAGUGUUAAGAAUUUUCGUUCCCUAAACUUAUUAUCUGUGAUAAUUGAAUGCAGUUUGGUUGGGGGGGGGGGGUUGUUUGAGUUUUUUGGUGUGCAGUGUCUUAAAAGACAAAAAUUUUUAAAAAUGAGACCAUGUUUAUGUUUAAUUUAAAAAUGAAAGAGAUACAUUUGUGGUUUGUCUACAUUUGUAGACCUUAAGAGGCAUUAAAUGACUAGAACUGUUAUUCUUGAAGUACCACAUGUCAGUAGAGUAGUGAACCCCUGGCAAGGGAGGCCCUGAGAUCCUUUCAGAAGAUCCACAAAGGCAGAAUUAUUUUCAUGAUAAUUCCAAGGCAUUAUUUGCUUUUUUUUCUAGUUGUUUUCCAAGUAUACGGUGGAGUUUUCCAGAGGCUAUGUGACAUGUCAUAUAUGGCAAUAAGUUGAUUGCAGAAGCAUAUAUGAUAAUCUGUCUUCUGUUAAGCCACACAUUAAAAAGAUUUUCAAAAAUGUAAAGCAGUACCCCUUUUCUCACUAUUUUUAUGAAAAUAGUGAUUUUUUUCAUAAAAUGCUAUUUUGUUGACAUGUAAUGAGUUUUUGUUAUUUGAUGAUCUCAUUAUUUUUAUUAUUUUAGUCGUUCCUCCUUUCAAAUAAGAAUGUGGGGCACUUGGCUGUUGCAGUCCAUAGAGCGUACAACUCUUGGUUGUGAAUUCAAGCCCCACGUUAGGCAUAAAGCUUACUUAAAAAUAAUAAUAAUAAUAAAAUAAUUCAUAAUCAUCAGAGAAGCUUGCUCUCAGUUAUUAACUAUUCAUUUUAUUUUUUUUAAAGUAGCUAUUCAUAUUGAUUCUUAGUACGUUAACACUUUGGUUGCUUCCUUGUUUAUGUGUAAGAUAUAUAUAUAAUACAAAGCCAUUGUAGACUAUUUACCUGAAAGCUAUUAAGAAUUGAUCAGUGUAAGUGCCAAACAAACUGUUUCAGAGUCAUAAGUUGUAUCAAGGACAGUUUAAUGAGAUUCAUAAUUUAUUUUGGUUUUUUUUUUAAAUGCUGCUAUCAUAAGAUAUAUUCUAGUGCUCAGGCAAGUUUGUAGCAAUUUUCCUCCUUUGAGUACAGUUGAGAAACUGUGGUUCAUGCCUAGAAGUUUACAUAUAACAAAUUUCAGAAUGUAAAAUGUUAAUAAUUAUUCUCAAUGCCUCUCCCCCCCACACACACAUAAACCUCUUAUUUCAUCUUGUAUUGAAGUCUGUGCUGGAGUUUCAAAAUGAUUCUCUUCCCUGCCUCCAUCAGAUGCUGAUGCUAGGUAUCUACAGUGAAAUGCUUCCAGAAUGUAAAGAAAGAAUUAAAUUAGGAGGGGGAAACAAAGAUUAAACUGGCCAAAAAAAAAAAAAGUUAGCUACCUGUAGAAGUCCCUACCCCAAGAACUGAUUUUUGUUUUAGAAUAAUGGGAUAAAUGGAUGCUGUUGUUAGGGAGCCUAGAAGAGGUUGUAAUCUCCAGAAAAUCCACCAAAAACUGGGUCUUUAUAACCAUAACUAACCACCUGUAACCUCUUUGAAGAAAACAAAACAGAAGAAUUCAUAUGCAUGUAACCAGAAAUGGGAGCCCCUGAACUGGGGUGGUCAUUGUAUCCAAAAAUGAUAGGGACGGAAGCUCUUGAAGAGCUGAUAGGAGCAAAAUUGUUCAUUUUGGCAAAUAGAUCUCUGAAGCAUUGGUUCUUGACCCAGGAACGAUUUUGCUUCCCAGGCGAUGUCUGGCUAUGUCUGGAGACAGUUUUGGUUGUCAUAACUCGUGGUGGUGGUUGAGGGGUUGCUAUCCACAUCUAGUUGGGUAGAGGGUAGGAAUGCUUCUAAACGUGAUACAGUAAGAAUGGACAGGACAGCCCUCUACACCCCUCCCGCCACCAGCAAGAAUCAUCUGGCCCAAAAUGUCAACACUGCUGAAGUUGAGAAACCCUGCCCUAGGGUAUAUUAAAGCAAGUGAAAGAUUACAUUAAACAGUGUAGCAAAUGCCAGGAGAAGCUAGAUCGGUCCCGUCCAAUAUCAGAUACUUCAGAAAUGUUAGAAGAAUUGGGACUAGACCUUGAGUCUGGAGAAGAAAGUAAUGAAUCAGAGGAUGAUCUGAGCAAUUUUACUUCAGCUCCAACUGCAGCCUCCAAGCCUGCAAAAAAGAAGCCAGUGUCCAAACAUGAACUUGUAUUUGUUGACACCAAAGGAGUGGUGAAACGUUCUUCUCCAAAACAUUGUCAGGCUGUCUUAAAGCAGCUCAACGAACAGAGACUCUCCAACCAGUUCUGUGAUGUUACUUUGUUAAUUGAGGGAGAGGAGUACAAAGCUCAUAAAUCUGUUCUGUCAGCUAAUAGUGAAUAUUUUCGAGAUCUUUUUAUUGAGAAAGGAGCUGUUUCCAGUCAUGAGGCAGUGGUGGAUCUUUCUGGUUUUUGUAAGGCAAGCUUCCUUCCUUUAUUGGAAUUUGCCUACACUUCUGUGCUAAGUUUUGACUUCUGUAGCAUGGCUGAUGUAGCCAUCCUGGCUCGUCAUCUUUUCAUGUCGGAAGUUUUAGAAAUCUGUGAGAGUGUGCAUAAACUAAUGGAAGAGAAGCAGCUAACAGUAUAUAAGAAGGGUGAAGUACAAACAGUUGCAUCCACCCAGGACUUACCAGAACAAAAUGGAGGCACUGUGCCUCCUGUGGCUAGCAACGAGGGGACCACAACAUUAUCUACUGAACUCGGGGACUGUGAAAUUGUACUAUUGGUGAAUGGAGAAUUGCCAGAAACUGAGCAGAAUGGAGAGCUAGGACAGCACCCUGAACCCCAGGUUUCUUCAGAAGCUGAAGCCACUCUGUCACCUGCAGGCUGUAUAACUGGUUCCCAUCCUGAAAUGGAGUCUGUUGAUUUAGUAACAAAAAAUGAUGAGACAGAAGUAGAAACUUUAAACAGAGAAGAUAGCGCACCUUCUGAUAUUAAUCCCAAACUUUCAAAAGAGAAUGUGAUCAGUAACUCUCCAGAAAACAGUGAUAUGGGAAAUGACCCAUCAAGUGAAGAUAUCUGUGCUGAAGACAUUCCAGAGCAAAUGCAGAACCUUAGCCAGUCUUUAAAAGAUCAGGAAAAUCUAGUUGCACUGACAGCAAAGCCAGACCUUAGCACUGAUGAUGAAACUUACAGAAGCAGACUUCGGCAGCGUUCUGUUAAUGAAGGGGGAUAUAUCCGACUACACAAAGGAAUGGAGAAAAAGCUACAGAAACGGAAAGCCAUUCCCAAGUCAGCAGUUCAACAGGUAGCCCAGAAAUUAGUUCAAAGAGGGAAAAAAAUGAAACAGCCAAAAAGGGAUACGAAAGAGAAUACUGAAGAAGCAGCAUCCCAUAAAUGUGGGGAAUGUGGAAUGGUUUUUCAGAGACGAUAUGCCCUUAUAAUGCAUACACUGAAACAUGAAAGAGCUAGAGAUUACAAAUGUCCGUUGUGUAAAAAACAGUUUCAGUACAGUGCCUCCUUGCGAGCACAUCUUAUUCGACAUACCAGAAAAGAUGCACCCACUUCAUCUUCUUCCAAUUCCACGUCUAAUGAGGCAUCAGGAACAUCGUCUGAGAAGGGGAGAACCAAACGAGAAUUUAUAUGUUCCAUAUGUGGAAGGACAUUACCUAAAUUAUAUUCUCUUCGAAUACACAUGUUAAAGCAUACAGGUGUAAAGCCACAUGCAUGCCAGGUCUGUGGAAAGACUUUCAUCUAUAAACAUGGUCUAAAAUUGCACCAGAGUCUCCAUCAAUCACAAAAGCAGUUCCAGUGUGAACUAUGUGUUAAGUCAUUUGUUACCAAACGGAGUCUUCAAGAACAUAUGAGUAUUCACACAGGAGAGUCCAAGUACCUUUGCUCAGUUUGUGGAAAGUCUUUUCACAGGGGCUCUGGCCUCAGCAAGCACCUAAAGAAACACCAGCCAAAGCCUGAAGUUCGAGGCUAUCAUUGUACUCAAUGUGAAAAAAGUUUCUUUGAAGCUAGAGAUCUUCGUCAGCACAUGAACAAACAUCUUGGUGUGAAGCCAUUCCAGUGCCAAUUUUGUGAUAAGUGCUAUAGUUGGAAGAAAGAUUGGUAUUCCCAUGUGAAGUCUCAUUCAGUCACUGAGCCUUAUAGGUGUAAUAUAUGUGGCAAAGAAUUUUAUGAAAAAGCAUUGUUCAGAAGGCAUGUAAAGAAAGCUACCCAUGGAAAAAAAGGAAGAGCGAAGCAGAACCUGGAACGGGUAUGUGAACAAUGUGGAAGAAAAUUCACUCAGCUAAGAGAGUAUAGGAGACACAUGAACAACCAUGAAGGAGUUAAGCCAUUUGAAUGCUUAACAUGUGGAGUAGCUUGGGCUGAUGCCCGAUCUCUAAAACGCCACGUCAGAACGCAUACUGGUGAACGGCCCUACGUCUGCCCUGUAUGUAGCGAAGCCUAUAUAGAUGCUCGAACCCUCCGUAAACAUAUGACUAAAUUCCACAGAGAUUAUGUGCCUUGCAAAAUUAUGCUGGAAAAAGAUACCCUUCAGUUUCAUAACCAAGGAACUCAAGUGGAGCAUGCUGUUAGUAUCUUAACAGCAGACAUGCAGGAACAAGAAAGCAGUGGUCCUCAAGAACUUGAGACUGUGGUCGUGACAGGAGAGACCAUGGAAGCACUCGAAGCCGUGGCAGCUACGGAAGAGUGUCCAUCAGUAUCUACGCUUUCUGACCAAAGUAUUAUGCAAGUGGUUAAUUACGUGUUGGCACAACAGCAAGGACAGAAGCUGUCUGAAGUUGCAGAAGCGAUUCAAACUGUCGAAGUAGAGGUGGCACAUAUUUCAGAAACAGAGUGAAUAUAGUCUUGGAGAAAGAAAGAAGGGUCCUAGCAUUGUAUACUGAACUCACAGAACAUUUGUUUACAGUACUGUGCGACUGUCUGCCUAGAGCCUGUAUGUCAAGGCUCUGGGCUCUUGGGUGAGGUUUUAACACUUCUAAACGAUUUGUCUGGCUGAUAGGUUCUGUUGAAAAGUCCAUUUACUGUAAAGAAGUUGAAAACAAAUGUACUUGAUGGCAUUGGUUUAUCAUGGUGUACUUUUUAUGAAUUGAUGUUUAUAAAGGACUGUACUAAAUUAAAAACUAUAGUUUCACUUGCAUUUUGACAUGAUCAUCUACUUUGAGUUUAAAAGGCUGUACUAGUCAGAUUUUCUUCUUUUAUUCUCAAAAUAGGUUCUGUGAUUUCAUUUGCCCUGUUUAUAGGUCUAAAAAAAUUCUAAUAUAAAGCAUUUUAGUAGGAUGCAUAGGUACAUUACAUUUUUAAAAUGCUUCAGGUCUGUGAUUCUUGACUUACUAUUUAUUUUAACCCCUUAUAAGUCAGGGAUUUAUUCUGUUUUAAAGCACUUAAUGAGUUACAUGUUGUAAUCAAGUUUGCACAGUAUACUUAUCUAUAUGGGGAGCCCUUAAAUACAUAGCUGAUUUUUAAAAUGCAUGAAAUGCCUAUUAAAGCCUUACUAUAUACUAUCUCUUCAAGGCAAGUAAAUUGACCACGAGCAAAGAACACUGUUAUUAAACACUGUUGAUGGGAAAUUUCUUCUUGAUAACAUGGGACAUUAAAUGGAAAAAAAAAGAUCUCAUUCUUUUGCUGAAAGAAUGAACAAGUUAAAACUAGAUUUGGUAUGUUUGCAGCUUUUGUAUCAUGUUUUAAUUGUUCAAUUUUGUUGAAAAACUGCAAUUUAGAAAUAGGAUAGCAAUAUAGACAUCUAAAGCAGUCCUGAGGAUACCAUAUAAUUGUUGAGUAACUUCAGAAUAGUGAAGUCUUCAAUUCAGCCCUCAUUAUAGUAUACUACUCAAAGAAAUUGAUUAUGGUCCACCAAAUUGUUGGAAGUAAAUUAUUUUUAAAAGUUACCUGUGAAUUAUAUUAAUUUGUGUGUUUGAUUUUUAAAUUCCCACUUGUAGAAGCUAUCCAGUUUUCUGAUUUUCAAAAUAACCAUAGGGAGAUGCCACAUUUCUCUCCUGUGGGUAGCUACCACUCAAACUAUAAUUGUUAAAAUUAAACUUUUUAAGUAUUAGCAGCUAAUAUAAGGUAUAAAAUGAAAAUAAAAGCAAAUCACAUGUAAAUCAUUCCUAAAGCACAAGAAAAGAAUGUGCCUUGAUGUACAUAUAUUAUUAAGAUACUUAUUCCAGUUUACUUUAAGAAUAGCUUAAAAGAUAAAGAAUAAAUGUGAUGCCAUGCAUGCGUUCUACCUGCAUAUGUAAUAUUUGCAUUUGCAAAUUUCCCAUUGUCUCUAUAGCUGUGUGGCUGACUUUUGAAUUUUAAGUGAAUUGACAUACAGUCUAUAACUUUACAAUGGCUGCUUGUUUAUUGUAUCUUUCAGUUAGUGAAAAUGUGUUUCAACCUGACUAAAAUUUGGAAUUGUGUCUUUUAUGUUCCAUCCUCACUGUUAACUAGAUUUAGUUAAUUGUAUAAGACCGUUGAUGUAUGUCAAAAAUAUGUAAAUAAAACAUGUCGAAUCUUGUUUAAAAGCAUAA